AUGGCUGAUCACACCCUUGAUGCUGUUGCCCAGCUGGGUACAAGUCUCGCGAGUAAACUCAACUUGCACUCUGAGGGAUGUCGCAAGUCUCGCCAGCGACUCCCAAAGCUGGUGUCUCUGGUCAACUCGACUGCUUCGACCAUCCGUCAGAUUCACGAACUGGUCCAGCAGAAUGACAAGAUCUUCACAGAAGCUUGCAUGAAGGACAUCAACUCCCUUGCUGCCAAGUGCAGGGCUAUUUAUGUCGGAGUCCUUACUCUUGUCGCUAAGAAGACACAGAGUGUAAGCGGAGACAAAGAUGCGAAAACUUUGUCGGCUGAGCAGGUUGAGGAGCUCUUUGCCUGUCUUGCCAACAUGAGUGUUUGGCGAACCGAAGCUUGGAACUGGCUGGAGCCGCGACUGAAGAUUUGCCAGCAGGAGUUGAAGCAAGUCAAGUUUGAGCUUGUCCUGCGCUAUCUCCUUGGCAGUAUCGCUCGGCUCCAGAUGGACACAAGUACCGCGGUCCUUCCUCCCCGCGUGUCAGUGGUUGACGGAGACAGCUUUAAUGAGAAGGUGAAGACUGAAAUAGUUGCAACUGAGAAAGAGUCUUCAGAAGCCAUCGUUGAGAACACUAUCCGGAACAAACAGCUUGAUAACUCCUCUCGAAACUGGUUCCAACGUCUCUUCUCUUUCAGUCACAAAGAGGAUUGGAAGAAUGAAGAUAUCAUGGCUUUCGUCCUUGACAUGAGUCACGCAAACAAGCUCAUCACGAGACUCGAGCUAGAUGACAAGGAGCUCAAGGCAAACCUCUCCAAGCUAACCUCUAGUCGUCUGUGGAAAAGUCGCCCCAACCUUGUCGAGCAAUACUCAGCACUUGAUCAGAAUGUUCGCCAGGAUGUCGAUAAUGCCAUCAUUGUCGCAAAGCGGAAGAGCACCCGUGAGAUGACUCUUGUCGCCAUGAUGACCAAGAAGUCGGAUUCGCAGAAGGCAGCUGACAGAAGUUCUGGCUUCCAUUAUGCUCCUGAUCUCAAUGUCACUCUCUACUUCAAGCUGGGUGCUGAGUUUGAGCCGAUCUAUUUGAUUGAUACCCAAGAGAGAAGGCUUGAGUUACCUUACACAUCGUGUGCCACUUACAAGAUGAUGAGAGAUCUGAUGACUCAAACCAACUGGGCCCCCGGCAUUGCUCAUCAUAUCAUGGCUGGUCGCUACGAUCUCUGCACCCAAGACGGCCUGGCGGUCAUGCUUGGAACCUGGGACUCAGUUCGUCGUCCCGGCAUGACACUGACUCUCAAGAUCUGGCCACCUCCAGUUCCACCAGGUCCACCUCGACCCAGAAUGUAUCCACCCCCACCUGUGGGCUACGUUCCGCCGGCCAAGAAAUAUCGCGAAGAGAUGAAGGAGGCGUACCAUGAGGUGGUCGAGUUGCUCGGCCUCGCUGAAGGGUGGAUGCCAGACCAGGAGACUGUCAAAUCUGGACUGGGAGAUCUUUUGCGUCUGUGGACUAAUGCUAUUGAUCCCCAUACAGAGGAUUGUUCGGACUGUGCAUCGUUCAUGAUGAGCUAUAGCUCUUCGAGCUCUGAGUACAGCGACUGA